UGUAUUUUUUUUUCUCGAUCCUCCAAACCGGCAGAUGGCGCAGUAACGCAGUUUCACCUCGCGAGCCAUUGAAUGAACAAACCGUGGAAGAAGUCGACGCUUCUCGGUCCCUCGCGCACAGUGACAGGUAACGUCAACUCACUCUAAACUCGUCUGGUCGUGGUAUUUCGUCGUUUUGCUCUUUUCUGUCAUUAAUAAAAACCUUCCGACUCAACACUGUUUUCGAAAACAGUUCCAGCUCGAGGCUUUUUAUGCGUAAUAAACACCCGGACCAGUAAUGAGUAAAAGCUAGCCGGUGAGCUAGCUAACGGCACUACUCUGAGCUGUCUUAAGUCCUCAGCGAGAGCAAGGCGUCCCCUUCCCCCCUGUCCAACAUGGCUGACCCUAUGGAGAUAGACGACUCAUUGUACAGUCGGCAGCGGUACGUCCUGGGAGACAGCGCCAUGCAGCAGAUGGCCCAGUCCUCUGUCUUCUUGAGUGGAAUCGGGGCUCUGGGUGUAGAAAUAGCUAAGAACAUCGUCCUUGCAGGCGUGAAGACAGUCACGUUGCAUGACAGUAAGCACUGUGACGUCUGGGAUCUGGGCACCAACUUCUUUAUCCGAGAGCAGGAUGUCCAGAGCCGGAAGAAAAGGGUGGAAGCCGUGCACUCGCGGGUGGCCGAGUUAAACCCGUACGUUCAGGUCAGCGUAUCGAGCAUGGUCCUAAACGACACCACCGAUCUCAGCUUCCUGUUAAAGUACCAGUGUGUCGUGCUAACAGAGACAAGUCUAAGCUUGCAGAAGAAGAUCAACCGUUUUUGCCACUCUCAACAGCCUCCGAUUAAGUUCAUCAGCUGUGACGUGUUGGGGAUCUGUUCGAGAGUGUUCUGCGACUUCGGCGAGAGCUUCGAGGUGUCCGACCCGACGGGGGAGGAGCCUAAAGAGCUUUUCAUUCAGAAUAUCAGCCAAGAGAACCCCGGCGUGGUGACGUGCAUGGACAACCACACGCACGGCCUUCAGACCGGACAGAGUGUGUGUUUCAGAGAAAUCAACGGCAUGACCGAGCUCAACAGCACCACACACCAAAUUACAGUUACCUCUCCGUACAGUUUCACAAUCUGCGAUACCUCGUCCUUCCAGCCGUAUCUCCAUGGAGGAAUCUUUCGAACAGUCAAGACGCCCAAAACCUACAGCUUUGAGACAAUGGAGCAACAGAUACACAACCCGCAGCUACUUAUUCCAGAUUUCAGCAGACCUGAGGCACCGCUCCAGAUCCACACCACUAUGAUAGCUCUGGAUGUCUUCCAUGAGCAGCACAACAGACUGCCGAAUACUGGCUGUUCGCAGGAUUCGGAUCUCUUGCUGAAAAUCACAGAGGACGUCAGCGCGACGCUUAAAAGCAAAGUGAGCGUAAACACGUCGUUAGUGAGGUGUGUGUCGCGCUGCGCGAGAGGCUGUCUCUCUCCCCUGGCAGCCGCCGUGGGAGGCAUCGCCAGUCAGGAAGUGCUCAAGGCUCUUACCGGAAAGUUCACGCCGCUUCAGCAGUGGUUUUACUUAGACGCUUUAGAAGUGGUCCAGCCUCUUCAGUCUCUUCCUGUAGAGGAGUUCACACCAAGGGGAGAUCGAUAUGAUGCGCUGAGGGCCUGCAUCGGCCAGUCCUUCUGUCUGGAGUUGCACAAGCUUCGGGUCUUCAUGGUCGGCUGCGGCGCUAUAGGCUGCGAGAUGCUGAAGAAUUUUGCGCUGCUCGGGGUGGGCUUGACCAGAUGCUCAGGCGAGGUUUGCAUCACCGAUCCAGAUCUAAUAGAGAAGUCCAACCUCAACCGGCAAUUUCUCUUCAGACCUCAUCAUAUACGGAAGCCGAAAAGCAUCACGGCAGCUGCAGUUACGUUAGAGAUCAAUCCGGAGCUCCAUAUAGACGCUAACCUGCACAAGGUGUGUCCUGCCACGGAGGAGACGUUCAGUGACACUUUCUACUCGCGCAUCAGCCUUGUCAUCACCGCGCUUGACAACGUGGAGGCUCGGAGAUACGUCGACAGUCGGAGCGUGUCCAAUCAGAAAGCGCUACUUGACUCUGGGACCAUGGGGACGAAAGGUCACACAGAGGUCAUCGUGCCGAACCUGACAGAGUCCUAUAACAGUCAUAGAGAUCCACCGGAGGAGGAGAUACCGUUCUGCACACUGAAAUCAUUUCCUGCUGUGAUCGAGCAUACCAUACAGUGGGCCAGGGACAAGUUUGAAAGUGCCUUCACUCACAAGCCCUCCAUGUACAACCUGUUCUGGCACAACCAUGUGUCAGCUGUGGAUGUAUUACAGAGGAUGAAAUCCGGGGAGACCAUGGAUGGAGCGUUUCAAGUUGUUAAGGUGUUAAAUCGUCGCCCCACGUGCUGGGAGCACUGCCUGGCCGCCGCCCGUCUCAAAUUUGACAAAUACUUCAAGAGAAAGGCACUACAACUACUGCACUCAUUUCCACUGGAUACCCGACUGAAAGACGGCACUCUGUUCUGGCAGUCUCCCAAACGACCUCCAUCACCUCUCGAGUUCGAUCUCAAAGACCAGCUGCACUUUGGUUUCGUGGUCAGCACGGCUAGGCUGUUUGCAGGGAUCUACAAUGUUCCCUAUUCAGAAAAGAACCUUAGUUAUGAGGCUGUAGCAAGAGUUUUGUCUGAAGUCGAAGUUCCAGAGUACAAGCCGGCAGAGAAGCAUAUAGAGACAGAUGAAACAGUUAAGAAGCCUGAUCACAUGAAGCUGACCGUGAGCAGUGAGGAGGAAAGGGAAGCCAUAUCAAACCUGGAGGAUGCCAUUACAUCUGGAGUUACACCAGAGGCCGUACGCAUGACGCCGUUGCUGUUCGAGAAAGAUGACGAUGCAAACGGCCACAUGGAUUUUGUGGAAUCGGCGUCGGCGCUGCGAGCCCGCAUGUACUCCAUCGAAGCCGCUGAUCGCCUCCAGACGAAACGCAUCGCCGGAAAAAUCAUCCCCGCCAUCGCCACGGCUACUGCCGCUGUUGCUGGACUGGUGGCGUUGGAGCUGAUUAAAGUGACCGGUGGCUACAGCUUUGAGUCAUUUAAAAACUGCUUUUUUAACCUGGCCAUCCCCGUUGUGGUCCUGACAGAGACAGCUCAGGUCAAAAGGACGCAGAUCCGAGAUGACAUCUCCUUCUCCAUCUGGGAUCGCUGGUCCAUCGUAGGACAUGAGGACUUCACCCUGUCUGACUUCAUCAACGCUGUCAAGGAGAAGUACGGUAUCGAGCCCACUAUGGUCGUUCAUGGAGUGAAGAUGCUGUACGUCCCCAUCAUGCCUGGCCACAGCAAGAGACUUAAACUAACUAUGCAGAAGCUGAUCAAGCCUUCAGCAGACAGGAAGUACGUCGACCUCACUGUGUCUUUUGCGCCAGAGACGGACGGGGACGAGGAUCUGCCCGGCCCUCCUGUUCGCUAUUACUUUAAACAAGAAAGUGGCGAGAAAGCCUGACGCGCACACACACACACACUCACACAGCUAACACACUCUCCCUUAUCUUCCCUUGUGGACCACUAGUGGAGUAGCACUUGAUCAACCUGUACAUAGUAAAACUUUUUUUUUUUGGUUUGUUUUGUUUUCUACGGGUUCGUAAUUUUAUUGCAUAGCUACGUCUGUGCCGAUGCCUUAAGAAAUAUUGUGCGUCGAAGAUGAUGAUGAUGGAGGUAAUUAUUAUAUAUUGUUAAGGGAAAACCCUGUUUACACUCCUAACUUAAGGCUUUUAUUUUAUUAGCGCAGAUACCGAAAGAGAGGACGGAGCCGCAAAAAUCGAUCGCUUCCUAAUGCAAACCGUUAACCCCCUUUUUUUUUUGGUCCCAGAUCAAGACGGCGUGCGAUACGCAAACUUAACCAGCUCUAUUUAUUUCCACGUCCCCGCGAUUAGCCUUUAAAAUAUGAACAUGCUUAACAACGAGAUCAAAGCAAAUGUUACCCGGUUACCCGCACGGAUUCUCCAGAGGCACCGGAUCGAGCGAGCACACUGAAUAAAUCAUCACACAGCGUCCGAGUCGUAACGCGCGCCCUGCAGCACUGUGAGUGGUGUGUAUUCCCGGUCGAUCAGUACGCUUUCAUCCCAUUUCUCACGCAUCGAAAAAAAAAGACUUUGGACGACUCGCCCGGAUUUUCCAGCCUGCUGUGAUUUUCUUUAUUUUUUUUUACGAUGUAGCACACAGCCCUGAAUAAGAAGCGAGAAAGAGCGAGAUCGUGUUUGUGUGUGUGCGCGCGCGUGUUCUCGUUCGCUUCCUUCGUCUUUAACAUGUAACCAUGAUGUCCUCCGUAUUCGUGACUAAAAUGAUGUCAAACAUUUCACAGCUUAAAAAACAAAACAAGAAUUAGUAGGUAAGAGAAGUAUGAGAAGUAUGAUCGUACACAACAUGUCUGUGUCUGGAGUGUUCAGUUGAACGUCUAAUCCAAAAUAAACUUUUCAGCCAUGGUACAA